CGUUGCAUCGAACGGUUCGGAAAGUCCCGGUCGCAGAAAAGACACUCCGCGUGUUGGAGUAUUCUAUAAUAGAUAGCGUGGGAAUGUAAGCUGUCAGUGAUUUCGUUGCCAGAAACGAAUUGGAUGCUGUUUACCCGCGUUGGCGAGUGCCAAGGGAGUGCUAAUUGUUAUCAUUAGUGAGUGAUUCGAGUGAUUAUGACUGUUGUGACGCGGAAGGCUACAGCAGCCAGGCAAGUGAUGCGUGCUCUCUAGAGGCGCCAAUUAAAUUGAGUAAAUUGUAUACGUUUGAUUCGCUGAAAACGAAUUGUUGAUUUUGGAUCGGAACUGUGUUUAUCCCAGUGGGUUUGGAGUGAUUCGAUUGGCGGUCCAUUACUGAAUCAUAUAGGAAAAAUACUCCUGAAACUCUCCAAGAAUUUGCUUCAUGGGUCAUAUGAACGCAAUCGAACGUAAAGAUUGAACAAAUUUAUGACUGAGUAGAACCCGAACGCAACCGCUCGUUGUUCCCCGUCGUGACCACCUUGCUCCGUUCCGAUGCAGGAUUUGUGUCUGCUAGGGGGAAUGGCAAGAGUUUAAUCCUGACGAAUGAGUAACAAAAGCGGCCGCCUCGUACACCAGCUCCAGCCUCCCCUUGCGCCAAGCCACGCCCGAUUGUGGGUAAAAAACGAAUAAAUUUUAAACAAAAGACUGGACCAGUUCACUCUAUCCGCCGCUCGCAUGUUAGUGAGCAAUAAAUUAAUGAAGAUAAAAGAGUGCGAGAUUCUACAGUGAGAGGUCAUAUCCAGCAGAAGGUGGGAUAUCACUGUUUUAUUCCGGGAAGGACAAAAAGAGUUUGAAAAAAACCCAACUGUCGGAGAAAAUGGAUUGAAAUAAUAGAAAAACCGGGCAGAGGCACGGAAAUCGAAGUCAACAUCGUGUGACUCCCCAGCAACGGCGAAAGAUAGAGGAAAAACACAAAGCUAGGAAAGCGGUCAGUUGCCAGCAGGAAAAUUUUUCUCCAAACACGGAAUCAGCACAAGUGAGUUUAGCGCAAACACAACAAAAAAAAAACUGUAAAACGAAAAUCCAGUAAGGGGAAAAGGCGGGAUGCAGGAAGUCGAAUAUUUUAACGAUACUUUAACCGGAAAUAGUGGGGGCGGAAAUGGAGAAAAGGAGCAACAGGGACAGAAACAUCAUUCGCGGAAAUGUAGCUACGAUUUACUGGAACACCGCAAGUAUAACAAAUGCGACGAAAAUGUAAAUUAUACCACGGAUCCUCUGCUGCUGCUCACAUCGCCAUCCUCGUCGGAGGAGGACAACUCCCCCACCGAGAUGAACAAUUGCAUCAAGUUCGUUGAGAAGCCGACGUUGAUUAAACGCUUCGCAAUGGGCUUCCUGCGCUCGAACGAGGAAAGUUUGCCCCUGAUGUACCAUAAAUCAUCGCCGACCUCACCACAGAAACACUUGAGCGAGCUGCUGGCGGAGGAUAUUUACAGUCUGGAUCAAAUCGUAUCGAGCAAGUUUGGCGACUCGUGCAAACAGUCGCUCACCAAUCACCACCACCAGCCCGCGAUGGCACCGCUCCGUUCCGACUUGGAGUACGACUUCCGGCGUAAUCUGCUGAUCCGGAAAACUAACAGUGCCAACUCGAGCCCGAAGCGCUUCGUGGCCAACAUCAAACGGACGGACAGUCUGAACAGCAUCGAGGACAACGAUCUGGACAGCGCGUCCUGGUUUCAGGCCGGCUUACCGCGGGAGGUUUCACUCGAGGUGUUGACACAGCAGGCCCCGGGAGCGUUCCUGGUGCGGCGCAGCACCACCAAGCAGGGCUGUUUCGCGCUGUCACUGCGCGUGCCGCAACCGGGACCGAAGGUGGUGCAUUAUUUGAUACUGAAAACGGAGCGGGGGUAUAAAAUAAAGGGCUUUACCAAGGAGUUCUCUUCGCUGCGAGCGCUGAUAACACAUCACUCGGUGAUGCCAGAAAUGCUUCCGGUCCCGCUGUCGUUACCACGACCCCAAAACAUCCCCAUCAAAUGCAAACGCGUUGACGAUUACGACAGCUUCAGCACGCUGCACGAAUUUUCCAAGCUGUUCUCUGAUUUGGACCUAUGAUAGUAGAGCUCGCUCCAGCUUCUGAGUGAUAGAUAUUUAUGGAGUGGGUGGAAACGAUGCUGCUGGUGGUGAUGAUAACGCCCAUCACGGUUAGGUUGUUUAAAGGCUGACGAGAGUGAAUGUUUUGCCAGACGACAGGUAAACUUUUUGAUGAGUUUGUAAAUAACGUCUCGUGCCACCAACAAGCGAAUGCUGGAGGAGGGGGCACAACUUUACACAGAAAGGCUGAGAGCAAAACUGCCAUCUCCAGAGUCGCCGGUUUGUAGACAGGCUGGAAAUUGAACACUGUUCAUAUGUAUGUAGCAUCUAACUUUACAACCGAAAAACCAAUCAUACUGAGUUGAAGAUACAGCUGUAAUCAUUUGGUAUUGUGAUAUAGAAACUUUACGUGGAAGUGAAAAACCAAUUCACUGCAGCGAUAUAAAUUAGCAACCGUUAGGAGGGACUUCGGUCUCUUCACAGAAAAUAUGUAGUAGUAACGGAAAGAUCCUGUU